CGGGUGCCGGGCCGGCCGUGGCGGGGACCUCGCGCCUGGGCCGGGGCUGGAGCGCCCCGCUGGCCUCCGUGAGACCCGGCGGCUCCUGCGAGGCUGGGGAGGCUGCAGCAGCGGCCUCGGGUACCAGCCUUGGGUACACCCCGGUGACCUUGACCUGCGCCGGCAUUUACUGUAAAUUCUGCUUGAUGACGGGUAGAGGAAAUAACAAACCCCCCUCUGAUUCAUGUGGUCUUUUCUUCUGUUGGUAGCACGGGCCUACCUGCCCGAUUCAUACCUGUGCUCAGUGCAUGGCUGGAGGUGGGGCACAGCCGGCUUCUUACAGCCUGGCUGGAGCAGCGACACAGAGGUGCCUGUGUCUUCAGUACUCGUGCCUUGCAUCACGGAGGGCUUACAAGCUUUCUCUGAGGUUUCUGGAGCGGUUUUCAAAGGUCCACCAGUCUUCAGUGUUGUCUGCAGGUUCCCAGAGCUGGGUCAUUCUCAGCUUGGUCGCAGUAACACUGAAACCAGACAGGCCGGGUAUCAGCAGGUGUGCAGCUGCUCGGGCUAAAGCUUGGCUUGCUCCAUUUUGUAUUUUAUUUUAACUGAGUGAGAAUGUGCUCAUCUAUUCUUUAAGGGAGCCUAUGUGUUGUUCAGCAGAUUGGCAGCAUCAUCCCUAUAAUUUUUAGCUGAGAUGGCCUUCCCUUCUAGAUGAAGGCAUGACUUGACUUCUGGAGGUGUGGGAUAAAACAGACAUCUCACUCUUGUACCACUCUUGUGCAUCUCUGACAAAGCAAAUACCAGGCUUGAGGGUGCUGGUAGCUACAGGGACCUGUUCAUAUCUCUGCCAACUGAACGGAAUGUCAUUUCAGUUUUGCUGCCCUGGUGCAAGGUCAUGUGUGUAUGGAAACCUGUUCUAGUUUGAAGCAGGACACUUCAGAAAUGUGUGUCCAUAGUUAGAAGUGCUGUGAAGCAAUACGGGGUCUCGAUUUUGCUCAUUCUGUCACUUAAGUUCCUGUUUCCAUCCCAUUCAGUCACAAAAUAUAGAUUUUGCAGCUGGUGCAGGGCAACUGUCUCCUAAGGGAGCCUGUGUGCCGGGGUGAUUCCAGGCAUGCCUUCGGUGGUGGUGAAAUGUGAAACUGAAAUCCUUCCUGUUUGUGAUGGUGGCCUGCAAGGCCGCGAUGCUGGCUGCCGCUGCGGGUUCCUGUUUUUCUCAUGGAGACGAUGAUGUUCCAUGAGCAGAAAUAGCAGGCUGGCUGGGGCCGUGUCCGGCGUGCGGGAGCGCUGUGCCAGCAUCCCUUCCUGCAGGGAUGGAGGGCAGCCUCUGAGCGCUGUCUGCUUGGUUUGUGGCACCAUUUCCCACAGGCUGCAGCGAUGCAGUGAGGUGGUUGGGUUUUUUUCCAGUUUUUCCUUAGCUCAUACUUUUCUGCCUGUGGGAAGAGCAAGGCAGUGUCAAAGUGCAGGGCUUGUAGUUGGAGGAAGAAACAAUAACACCAUUCUCCGUCUAAGUCCCUGGCUAUUUAACUUCAGAGCUUGACCCGCUUUGCUGGCAGCAUGAUGUUUCUGUAGCAAACACGUUGAAAGGUCUGAUCUGGUCAUGUACCCACCAGCUCUUGAACUUGCUGAACUUGUUGAAAAGGAGCACUGAGAGCAGAAAAUGGUCUAGAAACUGACAAUAACGCGUUCAUUUCUGAAAGCGGGUUCUUCUGCUGUACGUAUGUCCCAGCCAAGCCCAGCCGUGUGUGUGGUCAGUCACCUCAGUGGAGCCAGCAGAAAAGUAUGCCUAGGAUAAACUAAUAAAGGCGGAUGAGCUAACAAGGAAAUGGAGAGAACAAGCAAAAAGGCUAUAAACAGCCGAGCUCGGCAGUGCUGGCAGACAGGGAGGUGUGUGUGACUGUGGGCAUGGGUUGUGGGAAGAAGGCUGUGCCAGAGACCGGUGGAGUCCCAGAAGACUGGUCAUCAGGAUCCCGGGGACACUGUGCCUCCUGCCUUGAGGCAGUGGUUUGAGGGUUGGGAAGCAUUCGGGACAGAGCCAGCAGCAUGGUGGCUGCUUGUCCAAGAGUGCAUCCUGUCCAUCUUGUCCUGCAGCCAUCCCACCCUGCUCUGCUGCGUGCUGCUUGGGGCUGCCAGGAGGCACAGGGACUUUCUCCUUAGAGACACAUUCUUUCCCCACUGGCUUUGUCUGGGCAGCCCCACAGUGCUCUGGAGCUUCUUCCUGCCCCAGAGCUCACAUCCUGCUUCCUUUGGCUGCUGGGGUGUGCUGGGGACUGGAUGCGGCCCCACAGCUGAGAACAGCUUCCAGGGAGCAUGCUCCCAGCUAAAGGGAAACAUGUUCUUCUCAUUGUUUGGCCUGUUCCCGGAAUAGCCCUGCAGUGAGUGGGUGGGCACAGGCAGCUUGCUGCAGGAUGCUGAGGGACAUAUCCUGGGCUGAGUGCUUGGCCACUGUGAUGGUAGGUGGGCAUGCAGGUCAAACUCACGUUGCUAAAGAGAAUUAAAAUAACAAGCUGCCUAAUAGAGGCAUUUAUAGAAUCCUGCUCCUUAAUUUAAUCUCCUCUUUGACUAUUUUUUCAUUUUUAAUUUAAAAGGCACAAUAGAAGAGAAUCCAAACUUUGUUGAUGCUCUCACAGAGAAGUGCAGUGUAACUAAUCAUCUGUGAUUGUCCAGCCAGAGACUCCCCUCUGACCUGGGCAGAGUUCACAAAAACAUUUAUGCCAGUGUGCAGCUGACUUCUGCUGCUCCAUAUCUGUUCCAGAUGCAUCCUCAGUGUCGCCUGCACAGCAGGCAGCUGCCCAGAGUGACUGCCUGGUGUGGCCUGGCCGUGCUGCAGUGGCCACAGCAGGCUUGCUUGCUGGGCAGGAGCUGUGCCUGCCAUCCCUGUGGGUGGCACGGGGCAGAGGAAGUGCUGGGCUCGCUGGGCAGGGGCAGCUGGUGCAGCAGGUCUGCUCGGGGCCCUGUGCCCGUGCUGUGCCUCAUUACCCCGUGGAUCCAGCACGGCCAGGCAGACAGCCCCACGCCCAGCGCUGCCGCCAUAGAGGGGCUUUGUGUGAGCCGGCACAAAGUGAGGAUUGAUGCCGUGUCCCCUCCCCCUGCCCUGAGCAGGGCUGCAAAUGGCUCCCACAAAGGUGCCCUUCUUCCUUGGCUGAGGACAGGGUGCCAGCAGGAGGGGGAGGCACCACACUGCGGGUUGGAGCACCCACCCCUGCUCCUGUGCUGGUGCUGGGACCCCCUUGUCCUCAGCCUUGCCCAGGCUGGGCUGGCAGCUGCUCAGGUUCCUGCUGGGGCAGCUGGGUCUCCCUGCAGCAGGCCCCAGCGAGGUGAGACGGGUCCUGGGCAGCGCUCAGCAGCAGCCACUUCAUCAGGGCGUGUUGGCACCGUGUGAGCAGAUCUGCCUCCCUGCAGUGCCGCUGCAGCUGUGUGGGAGCCUGCCGGGUGGUGUUCUUAACACGCUGGGGAAUAUCAUUGCUUACCUGGAUUUCAGUUCAAAAUGGCCUAAGAGAAGCUUACGUCAGCAUUCAUUACCUCCCAGCUCCUCCCCAUGUGUAGUAAGAACUCACAGCACUAUUGAGUGGCUUGAAGAAGUUUCAGAAAACGUUCUUGAAGAAGAGAUCGUAAGCUCCUUGUUAAACUCAUGUUAUGUUCUUCCACGCUGUAUGUUUGAGGUUCUGCAUUCUAUGCGAGGCUCUGGAUGAGCUGUGGGGUGGCACAGGCAUUGGCACAGGGUCUGUCACGGCUGUGCCAGUGCCUCCAGCAUUCCUGCUGCAAGGUCCUGUGCUCCUCCUGCCCACCCUUAGGACACAGAGCCUGCUGGGAGAGGAGCGGCAGCCCCUGGGCUCAGGCUGCACUUGCCAUCACGCUCGAAGGUUUGAGCAGCUUUGGGAGUGAAGCAGGUUUGCUUUGCUCUGUGCUGCAUGCGUGUCCAGCACACCGGUGCUAAAGCAGAGCUCUCUCCUGUUUGGUGCAUCAGCAAUAGUGUUUGCACCACUACUGGUCACUAGCACCUGUUUUGGACUCCUCAAGUAGUCUGGCUGUUCAUGUGACAUUAUUAUUCUUUACUUAGGGCCCAGACUUGCUCUUUUUUAUUGUCUGCAGCACGAUGUUUGUUCAGACUGGGCAUUGUGAAGUGUAAACCCAAUUCCACUGGCACCAGUACUCACCUCUGCCUUUUCUAGAAGCAGAUCAGUGCACGAUGCCUGAGGUGCGAGACCUCGCGGAGGCGCUGCCCGAGCUGCCCAUGGAUCCCAUCACAGGCGUCGGCGUGCUGGCGUCCCGCAGCCGCGCGCCCACUGGAUACGACGUGGUUGCACAAACAGCAGAUGGCUUGGAUGCUGACCUGUGGAAAGAUGGCUUGUUUAAAUCCAAGGUCACACGGUACCUGUGCUUCACCAGGUCAUUUUCGAAAGAAAAUAGUCAUUUAGGCAACGUCUUGGUCGACAUGAAGCUCAUUGAUAUCAAGGACACUUUGCCUGUGGGCUUCAUGCCCAUCCAGGAGACCAUUGAUACACAAGAAGUAGCUUUCAGAAAGAAGAGGCUGUGCAUUAAAUUCAUCCCUCGGGAUUCUACAGAGGCAGCGAUCUGCGAUAUCCGGAUCCUGGGCAGAUCUAAGCAAGCCCCUCCUCAGUACACCUUCAUAGGGGAGCUGAACAGCAUGGGUAUCUGGUAUCGGAUGGGCAGAGUGCCGCGCAACCACGACUCCGCACAGCCUGCGGCUCCUCCCGCCCAAGCACCAGCUUCAACGCCCGCUCCCAACCUGCCAAGGCAUAUCUCGCUGACGCUGCCAGCCAGCUUUCGGGGCAAGAGUCACAGCACCCGCCUGGACCUGGAGCACCAGCACUCCAACCUGUAUGCCAUCUCAGCAAUGGAUGGAGUGCCUUUCAUGAUUUCGGAGAAGUUUGCCUGUGCUCCUGAAGGGAUGCAGCCGGUUGAUCUCCUGGGCAUCACAAUCAAAACCCUUGCAGAAAUUGAAAAGGAGUACGACUACAGCUUCCGCACGGAGCAGAGCGCGGCGGCCCGCCUGCCGCCCAGCCCCACGCGCUGCCCGCCGGUGCCGCCGUCCUGAGGGGCCGCGGCCGGAGCGCGGGUGCUGCCACGGAACCAUGCCGGCCUCCGCCGUGUCCCGCCGCCCCCGCACACACCGCUCCACCCCGGGCACCCCGGCCCGUGGGCAGCUGCCCCUACCCCGCUGCAGCCCCUCUCCACGUGAGUACAGCACUGAGGACAGCCCCGUGCUCAUCCCCACUUUUUAGCCUGCUGCAGGACAGUCGCAGAAUCCAGAGCAAACACAGCCGGGAGCUCGCGGAGCAUGGAGAGAUCUUGUCCCUGAAAGGAGCAGUGGAAGGCAGGGCUGGGUGCUGCCGUGGAGCUGCUUGGCUCUCGACACCUUGCAGCAGGAGGCUCCUGCAGCACUCAGUCCCGUGCAGAGCUCACCUGCAGUGAACGCCAACCCUCUGCCACGGUCUGGGCACAGAAGUUCCACUGUGGCUGGGAUCAGUCUCACAACCACUGUGGUCACUGGAUUUGCUCUAGGCUGGGGGAGCCAAGGCCCCUGGCUCUCCCUGGGCACUGCAGGGCAGGCAGGGUGCCCAAGGUGCACUGUGGGUCCUGAGAUGAAGCACCUUUGCUUUGCACUGGGUGUCCAUACGGAUCUAGGGCAACAGCACCCUGCGUUUCUUUCUGGAUGGAUGCUGGCAGCGACACCCUGGCAGUGGCCCACUGACCCCUACGGACCUGCUGACAGCUGGGAUGCCAUCACCUGCCCGUCGUUGAGACAGUUCUCUAACAUGUUCCUGCUAGCUGCUGAAACAAAAGAGAUGUGCCUGUUUCCUGGGCAUUGAUGGGGAAGCACUGAACACUGACGUGGCACAGGAUGAGAGUGGGUGCAUUAAGCCCUGACCUCUGCCUCCCUGUGAUCGCUGACCAGGCUUGCUCCCAAGCCAAGCGCAUGUCUUGGAGAAGUCCUUUGCUGUAAUAAGUUAUUUACAAGUGCCCAUCUGACUCUGCUGCUCUUUCAAGUCUCUGCUGUAGAACAAAGUUACAUCAUGGCAGCAAAAUGGCAAUUUUGGAGUAAGAGUUAAAGCGUACAAUUUUUUGUAUUGUAAAAUACUGAUUCCCUGACCCCACUGAAACGCAAUUGCCAUGGUAACAGUAACAGUGCUGUUGCUCUCAGCCUGGGUCAUACAUGUGCCCUGACCGACUUUGCACUCCCUUGGAUUGAUCUGGCAUUUGCUAGUUGCACAGAUUGGUAACUAACAGCAGUUUUUGUACUGUCAGCUAAUAUUUUUUAUUUGUACAUAAGUCAAAUAAUUCUUGUCCAAAGAUUCAUUUCUGGUUUUAAGGCACCACACUGUACUGCUGGGAUAAAGAGCACAAAAUACAUUUGGGACAAACUGAGUCCAGAUCUUUGCUUCAGCUUCUUCUGAUCAGGUAAAUAAUUUUCUGGAGCUGUGUCUGUAGAGUGGCCAUGUGCUUGGAAAGCAGAGGCCAAUUUGGUUGCAUGUACGUUGUUUCUGGGCAAAAGAGUUAAAGCUGUGCACCAGCUCUGGAGCCCUUGGGUGACCCCCUGGAAGUGCUCGUUUACUUGGAGCUUGCACCACCAUUUUUAGUUGUUAUUUAUCCUGCAGUAAAGAAAAGCCAGACCUCACUGCCAGGCUUCACAAAGGCCAGAUUGAUGAUGCCGACAUCGACAAAUGAACAUACCAUGGCAGCUUGGUCAUUCGGCUCAGGUUCACUUCAAGUUCAAAUCCACUCUAUGCCGUAGUGCUGUGCCCAUCUCAUCCAUCUUUUGUCUUCCUAUUUUUCUGCUUGUAAUUUGUUCUGUAGUUUUCUGUGACAUCCAUUUAUAGCUUCUCCCGUGGCUCAGUGGUCACGGCAGGUAGGCAGGAGCCAUCUGCAGCAGUGCGUUCCUCAUAGCCUUGGGAUGGGGGCUGACCUUCCCUGUUCAUGGUGGAGGAACAGGGCCCAGCACAGUCUGCAGAGCUCCAGGGGCAGUGCCUGCACUGGGGGAUUGAGGGGCAGCUGCCAGGAGCCCCUCCUGGAGGGCAGGGCUGCAGCAGACGGGGCUCAGCAAGGAGCAGGUUCUGAGAGCUGCUGAGCCCCACGCUCAGUGCCACACUCCCUGGGUAUGUCUGGGAAAAUGGGUGCAGAGCUUCAGGUCCCUUAUGUAAGAGAAAAUCUGUGCUUUAGUAUUUAUACCAACUGCUAGGUUUGCUCAGCUUGCUCUGCAGUGACCUACAGGAAACACUGGAUACUUGAAACACUGGCAGGAUACGCGACUGGGACAGGCAUCUACAUCUUCAGGAUAUAUUUGUAUACUUACUUCUCCCUCUCUAACACUGGGCCAGCAAAGCUGCUUCAGGACUUGCCUGCAAAGAACCUUGAGAGAUGAGUUUGCUCUCCAUGGUGUGGUGCUGCACCACAGCGCUGCAGGGACAGCCUGGCUCAAAUGCACAGACAGGACAGAUGCACUUCCCGUGGGGCAAACACCAUGAAGGUGUUUUGAACAAAAAGCUGCACCUGCUGAGAGCCAGCUGAGCUCUCAGGCCUCUAACCACAGGCUGGAAAACUAGGUGAUUCCAAAAGGGAGAGAGCUCAGAGCCAGUGCGUGGAAGCACAGCAAGGCACAGUGCAGGGUGGUUGGCUGUGUCAACUUCUCAGUCCACUGAUCAGAGGAAGCUUUUUUAUUGCACUGCUGAAUUCCCGAGACCAGGGCUGUCAGGUCAGCAUUUCCACUGGAAGGUUUUAUUGGCUGCUCCAUGACUUUUGUACUCACGGCAGCUCAUUGCAAGGCUGGUCCUUGAAUCCUUACAGUGAGUCCUCUGUGCUGGCAUGUGCCAUGGCCAGUACCAGCAUCUCUGCACUCCCUGCCCGAGAGGUGACUGUGGAAGACUUGGUCCAGGCAAUAAACAUGCAGGGAGUCUGAUGUGGAUGUUGUCUGGCUGAGGAGAAGCCUUCUGGAGCGUAAGGGGAGGGGAGGAGUCAGUGGAAAGCAACAGAAGUGAAUUUGCAGAGCUUUACCAGAUGUUGUUGGCUACCUUGCCUGAAUUUGUAGAACAAAACCGGUCUCUAGGUAGUUUAAUCUUGUGGCUGAUGGAGAAGUUAGUUUGCCAAAUUAUUAUACAUCUGCAACAGAGACAGAAAAGCAGCAGUGAGGGGUUUGCUUACUGUAAAAUAUGCCUUCUGAUGUGAAUUCCUAGUGACACGCUGCCUCCUGGAUUCCUCACAGCAAGAAGCUGGUCAUGUGCCAAGGUGACUCGUGGCCACCCAGGCCAGGCUGUGCUGUCUGCUGUGUUGAUCAUGGAAAGGCAAGAAGUUAGUCCAGAAAGUGAUGUAGAGUGUGAACUUUGUGAUAAAAUUCAAGUGUGAAUAGUUGUAGCAGGUGUCUUCCUUUACGGGAGCGCCUCGUAUCUGUAGUUCAUAGGAGUAAACUGUGUCAGACUUUUCCUGUGACUGUCCCUGCGUGUCCCCGCCGUGUUUGUUGGAGGUUUCCUGGGAGCCUCCUGUGCAGUGGGAGGUUGUUGGUAGUCUGUAGCAUUGGGCUGUUUGGUUUCACACCCACCACUGCUCCCUCAGUGCCCUGAGCUCUCCAGACUGAACCCACAUGCUGCCGAGCCUGGAGGAUUCCUGUCAUGGGCCCUGCAUGUGCCAGGUAGGUGCUAGAGGCAAGGGCAUGCCUCCACGGGCCCUGGCACCUCUGCUGUGGGGCCCUGGAGUGUCCUGGCAGGAGGGGGAGCGGGACAGAGCUGGCUGGCCCCUGCUGGCCUUCACCUCCCUGCUGCUCCCCAGGUGCCUGUGUGUCCCCAGGUGUGCCACGGCAGCCCAGGAGCCCGCAGAGCUGUUCCUGCUCCUCCCAAAGGAGGAGCCUCGCUACACCCAAAUGAUUACCUCAGCCCUGGAGCCUGGCCCAGCAGCUGGACCCCCCAGCAGCGGGGCAGCCCAGCCUUAGCCAGGGGCAGAGGCUGCUCCUCUGCUCACAGACAAGCUCUGAGGUGCUGCUCGGUUCAUUCACCACAGGGAAACCAAACACUUUGGAUAUUCUGGUCGUUUGUUGUGAAAUUGUUUCCUAACAGCAACAGAUUUAGAUGUCAUCAUACAAAUGGCAGAGGAAAACCUUUUAUGCAGUUGCAAGGUGGUUUUCUAAGAUGGUUGGGUUACUGAAAGUGAUUUUACUGUGCAUUAAUCUUAUGAAUGUUACUAUGUUUUAUAUUUAUUUUAGAUGACCCUCCUGUAUUUUACAAAGGGAAGUUUCAUUGUGUGAUAACUCUGUCUGUAUUCUUAAUAUAAUUUGUUAAAUGAAAAUUGUUUUAAUCAGAUAA